AUGCCGAAGUGUCCCAAGUGCGACGAGGAGGUGUGUUUCGCUGAGCGAGUGACAUCACUAGGCAAGGACUGGCAUCGCCCCUGCCUGAAGUGUGAGAAAUGUGGAAAGACACUGACCUCUGGGAGCCAUGCCGAGCAUGAAGGCAAGCCCUACUGCAACCAUCCCUGCUACUCAGCCAUGUUUGGGCCCAAAGGCUUUGGGAGAGGUGGAGCCGAGAGCCACACUUUCAAGUAGAUCCAGGUUGUGGAAACCCUCCCUACCCGCCCAGGCACAUGCCAGGCCGUAACCUUGGACAGCGGGGGCUCUCAGUAGCCCUUCAUGCCCUUAAUAAACCUGAUCUUUUGGAAAAAAAAAAAAAACAAAAAAAAAA